GUUUUACUGGACCCAGGGGAGACAGGGGCCCCAACGGUCUACCUGGACUGCAGGGACACCCAGGCCUCACAGGAAAAUCUGGGGCUCCAGGAGUGCCAGGACUGAAGGGCCUCCCCGGCGACGUCUUUGGAGCGGCAGCAGGUUCCCGGGGGGAUGUUGGGCUCCCUGGCUUCCCUGGGCUCAAAGGUGCACCCGGAGAUCAAGGAGUCCCAGGAAGUAGAGGAGCGGAUGGUAGCCCAGGUUUGCCAGGACCCAAAGGAGAACCAGGGCCACAAGGUCUGCCUGGUCUGAUGGGAUUGCCAGGAUCGCCAGGAGCACAUGGAUUCCCAGGAGCACCAGGAAACCGUGGGCCCGAUGGUGGGCCUGGCUCUCGAGGACCUCUCGGUCCACCUGGUGCCAGGGGAGAAGAUGGUGAGCAAGGCUUUCCUGGCCCCGUGGGCCUGAAAGGUCUGUCUGGUGACAAAGGGGAGACAGGCCAUGCAGGAUUACCAGGUUUGCGUGGUGUGAUGGGUCCCCCUGGCAUAAGUGGCAUGGAUGGCUUCCCAGGAGACAAAGGUUUAAAAGGUUCAUCUGGCAUCGAUGGUUUCAAAGGCAUGACAGGCCUAAAAGGAAGACCAGGCAUCAAGGGAAUCAAAGGAGAAUUUGGCCCACUUGGGUCUCAGGGUGACAAAGGCUCUCAGGGCUCACGUGGCUUCAAAGGUGACCGUGGGGAUCAAGGCCCCCCAGGAGACCCCCCAAAGCUCAUGCCCAGCAUGAUGCUGGAAGUUAAAGGUGACAAAGGAGAUGCUGGAGAAAGGGGCACGAAGGGAUUCUUUGGCUCGAAAGGUAGCAAGGGAAUGCCAGGUGUUCCUGGAAAGACAGGGACCCCAGGCUCCCCUGGGCAUCCCAGCUACGUGGCUGGAGUGAAAGGAGACAUCGGCGCCAAGGGGCUGACGGGUCUCAAAGGGUAUCCUGGUCCCUCUGGCUCUCCUGGCAUCAGAGGCUUCCCUGGCAGCACAGGAGUCAGGGGAGAAAAGGGCACUCCAGGUAUCUCAGGCCAUUUUGGUACUCCUGGCUCACAUGGAGAAAUAGGUGAUCGAGGAGAUACUAUAAACCUACCAAAUGAGGCCGGGGAAGUUGGUGUGCCAGGAUUGACAGGCAUAAAAGGAGGCACAGGACCGAAAGGUGAAGGUGGUGAUCCUGGUUUCCGUGGCAUUGAAGGCCUCAAGGGCACGCAGGGUGUGCCUGGCUCCCUGGGACAGGAAGGUUUGCCAGGACUGGUUGGCCCUCCAGGGCAGCAAGGAAGCCCCGGCACACCUGGAUUUCAAGGGGAAAAGGGAAGUCCUGGCUGGCCUGGCUUACCGGGACAAGCAGGCUCACCUGGCCUACGAGGAAUCAGUGGGCUGCAUGGCUUGCCAGGCACAAAGGGCUCACCAGGCUCACCAGGUCCAGAUGGAUAUGGCUCUGCAGGGUUCCCAGGGCCAGUGGGUGACAAAGGAGAAGCAGGAGAGCCAAGCAGAGUGGAAGGCAGCAGAGGACCUCCAGGCCAGAAGGGAGACAGAGGUGUUCCAGGUUUGUAUUCCAGAGAAUGUACUGAUUUUUUCUUCUCUUCCUUUCAGGAGUCCCAGGACCCUUUGGCAUUCCCAGGGCCUCCUGGGUUUUCAAAUAUAUCAGGAUAUCCUGGUGAUAAAGGCUCCCCAGGCCUACAUGGAGUGCCAGGCUAUCCAGGACCCCAGGGGCAGCCUGGAACACCUGCUCCACCAGGAAGCAAAGGAGAAAGUGGACAAAUAGGUAUGAUUGGAGAGAUUGGCCCAAAAGGAAGUAGAGGUGAUCCUGGAGCAGCAGGGAGACCUGGCCUUCCUGGAUUCCCUGGACCAAAAGGUCCUCGGGGUGAACCUGGUGUCAUUGGCUCCAUGGGGACAAUAGGAUUUCCAGGUGACUUGGGACCUAUCGGGCCCAAGGGAGAUAGAGGAGUAACAGGCUUCCAGGGACCUCCAGGCUCUCCUGGGCUGCCCCCUCUUCCACCAAGGCUGGUUGCUGAACAGGGUUCACCAGGUCCCCGUGGAAAUAUAGGACCUCCAGGAAGCCCAGGAGAUACAGGACCUCAGGGUCCACCAGGCGAUCCAGGUUUCAGAGGCUCACCUGGAGAGCCAGGACUCCAGGGCAGGGGUGGAAUUCCAGCUCCUCCAGGUCCCAGAGGUGAACAAGGAGCAACAGGAUUUCAGGGUCCAGUGGGACUUGAAGGCCAGCCAGGCCGCCCUGGGAGCCCUGGGCUGCCAGGCAUGCAGGGCCGCAGCGUCAGCAUGGGCUACCUGCUGGUCAAGCACAGCCAGUCUGAUCAAGAGCCAAUGUGCCCAGUUGGCAUGAACAAACUCUGGAGUGGAUACAGCCUGCUGUACUUCGAAGGCCAGGAGAAAGCACACAACCAGGAUCUAGGGCUGGCUGGCUCGUGCUUGUCCCUGUUCAGCACCAUGCCAUUCCUCUACUGCAACCCUGGGGACAUCUGCUACUAUGCAAGUCGAAAUGAUAAGUCCUACUGGCUCUCCACCACAGCCCCUCUGCCAAUGAUGCCUGUGGCAGAAGAUGAGAUCAAGCCAUACAUCAGUCGCUGCUCGGUUUGCGAGGCCCCAGCUGUGGCCAUUGCUGUCCAUAGCCAAGAGGCUUCUAUUCCUCACUGCCCUGAAGGCUGGCGCAGUCUGUGGAUUGGAUAUUCCUUCCUUAUGCACACUGCUGCUGGUGAUGAAGGUGGAGGACAGUCCCUGGUGUCUCCUGGGAGCUGCCUGGAGGAUUUCCGAGCGACUCCUUUCAUCGAGUGCAACGGCGCGCGCGGCACCUGCCACUACUUCGCCAACAAAUACAGCUUCUGGCUCACCACCAUCGACCAGCCCUUCCAAAGCAAACCCUCUGCAGACACACUCAAGGCAGGACUCAUCCGAAGCCACAUCAGCAGGUGUCAAGUCUGUAUGAAAAACCUGUAGAAGCUUUUCACAGCCCGAGGAACCACCUCAGCAUGUGGCUCUCACACAGUGGAGCCUUCUGUGGUGGUUAGACAGCUGAACAAAUCGUGUUGGUGCUUUUUUAA